CUCUUCCCUUUCAGCUUCUCUCCUCAAUAUUUCUUCUACUCUCUCUCUCUCUCUCUCUCUCUCUCUCUCUUAACAUUAGAUUAAUUCCCAAUCUUCCCUAUUCCUGAUCUCAAUCCUUUUUCUUUUUGGUGAAAUUUUAAUUUCUAAACUUUAGAAAUGAUGCCUCCUGAGCAAGAGACAAUUACAGGCACCCCAAAUAGCACCACCACUAGUGCCACCACAACUCCGUCGCCCAGCUUCUUACUCACAAACGUGAACCGGUCGUCGGAGACCGGUUCCGUUCACGCCGAACCGUCUUGUGAUCACGCCGAAACCAGCCCCACCUGCUCGUUGGGUCAUGACCAUGAUCAUCAUCAUAAUCUGGUGCUUGCAGAUCACCAUAACCAAUCGGCAGGCGCCGUUAGAUCUUCCAUUUUUCGCGAAUCUCUACGCCCCGUUACUCUCAAGUUUGAAGACGUUGCUUACACCGUCAACCUGAAACCCAGAAACGGAAUGAACUGCUUUUCUACGCAUGUGCCGAAGCCAACCCGGGCCGUUCUCAACGGAGUUUCUGGGUUGGUUCGGCCCGGGGAGCUUCUCGCAAUGCUGGGCCCCUCCGGCAGCGGCAAAACGACACUCCUCACGGCUCUCGCCGGUCGUUUGCCGGGGAAGAUCUCCGGUAACAUAUCGUACAAUGGCCAGCCUUUUUCCAGCUCAAUGAAGCGCAAAACCGGGUUUGUUUCACAAGACGACGUGUUGUACCCUCACUUGACUGUGUUAGAGACCUUGACAUACGCAGCUUUAUUGAGGCUUCCGAAGAAGCUCACCAGGGAGGAGAAGAUCGAACAGGCCGAGUUGAUCAUCGUCGAACUCGGCCUGACUCGGUGCCGCAACGGCGUCGUGGGUGGGCCGCUCCUCCGGGGCGUGUCGGGCGGGGAGAAGAAGCGGGUCAGUAUCGGGCAGGAGAUGUUGGUAAACCCGUGCCUGCUGCUGCUCGACGAGCCGACGUCGGGGCUCGACUCCACGACGGCGCAGAGGAUAAUCGCAACGUUGCGCGGGCUGGCACGCGGCGGCCGAACAGUCAUCACUACCCUUCACCAGCCGUCCAGUAGGCUGUACAGAAUGUUUGAUAAGGUGGUGGUAUUGUCCGAGGGCUGCCCCAUUUAUUGCGGGCAGGCGGGACGGGUCAUGGAUUAUUUCGGCUCCAUCGGAUACGUCCCCGGGUUCAAUUUCAUGAACCCGGCUGAUUUUUUGCUUGAUCUUGCUAAUGGUAUUGCAACUGACAUAAAACAGGAUGACCAACAUGAAUUUCAUGGCAGAUUGGAGCAUCUUGACGACCAAAAUUCAAUUAAGCAGCACCUAGUAUCGUCCUACAAAAAGAACAUAUACCCCACCUUGAAGGCUGAGAUUCACGGAAAUCACAAAGACCCAGUUAGAAAUUCAUCAUUAAGAGGUAGUGAGAAUAAGUGGAUCACAAGCUGGUGGGUGCAAUUUAAGGUGCUUCUGAGAAGGGGUUUGAAAGAAAGAAAGCAUGAAUCUUACUCAGGCUUAAGGAUUUUCCAAGUCAUGUCUGUUUCAAUUCUUUCAGGCCUUCUGUGGUGGCACUCUGACCCCUCAAAUAUACAAGAUCAGAUUGGACUUCUUUUCUUCUUCUCCAUCUUUUGGGGCUUCUUCCCUCUAUUCAAUGCCAUCUUUGCAUUCCCUCAAGAAAGGCCAAUGCUGAUAAAAGAGCGCUCCUCGGGCAUGUACCGCCUCUCCUCCUACUACUUUGCUCGAAUGGCGGGCGAUUUACCAAUGGAGCUCGUGCUGCCAACCGUCUUCGUAACGGUCACGUAUUGGAUGGGAGGCCUCAAGCCUUCACUCAUUACAUUCUUACUAACACUAUUGAUCAUACUUUUCAAUGUCUUGGUCUCCCAAGGGCUAGGACUAGCCUUAGGAGCCAUUCUCAUGGAUGUAAAACAGGCCACCACACUAGCUUCGGUGACUAUGCUCGUUUUCUUACUCGUCGGCGGAUACUACAUUCAGAAAAUCCCAGCCUUCAUUGCUUGGUUGAAGUACAUAUCCUUCAGUCAUUACUGCUACAAGUUGCUUGUGGGAGUGCAAUACACAGAUAAUGAGUUCUAUGAGUGUGGGAUUGGAAUGCAUUGCAGGGUAAUGGAUUUUCCUGCCAUUAAGUGUCUUGGACUUGAUAACAAGUGGUGGGAUGUGGCUGCUUUGACUGUGAUGUUUGUGGGGUAUAGGCUUUUGGCUUAUGUGGCUCUGAGAAUGGGACAACCUCAAUGACUCUGCUUUGCUUGACACAAAAAAGGUUCACAGACUGAAUUAUGUGUUUUGAGAUUUUAAGCUAACGGAAUUGAUGGAGAUCAUCAUAUUUUCCAACUUGAUCAAAUAAUCAUGUUGGCUGACUAAGAAAGUCUCAGGCUGACCCUCUUUAGGUCUAAAAUGGGAUUCGGAUUGUAUCGAAGUUUGUUUUCGUCUUACUAAAUGGGAAUCCGUACCUUGUAAUUGAUUGUUUAUGCAAAGCUUAUUCUUAUUCUGGUGAA